AUGGCGCUGACGAAUUUUAUACUGACAGUGGCCGGAGUGAGUGCCGUGGUGUUGCUGUUGAGGAGCGAUGUGAAACAAUCAGCCGCCAUCUUCCGCCGUAACGUCCGCCAUAUCCGUGGCUGGCUUGAAGAAGAGUCGUCUGCUGCCGCUAAGGAAAUCGAGAAGUCGAAGCCAAAGGAAAUGCCCGGAAAAGAUGCUCCCAAGGAGGAAAAGCACUAA